GCGUGCGGUGGUUGGUGAUGGUUGGGGUGGACGGGAUGGGGCGUGCCUCGUGGGACAGUAAAGAUAGUUUCCUAUAAAAAAGGACCAUGAUCAAUUGAGCAUCUGUUGUGUUGACCACACACAUCCAAGCAACAAGCAACCGUUCUUGCUUGCUGCUCAUCGCAAUCAAAUUCCAUGGAGCUAAGCGCAGCCACCCUCCUCUUCCUCUCCCUCGUCUCACUGAUCGUUCUCUUAUCCUUGCUUGGCCGCAAACCAGCACCAAGUUCAAGGAAGAGGCAGCCUCCCGGCCCACGGCGUCUCCCCUUCAUCGGAAGCCUCCUCCACCUCCUGACGGCGACGCCGCAGGUCGCUCUCCGGGACUUGGCCAGGAAGCACGGCCCGGUGAUGUACCUGCGGCUGGGCCAGGUCGACACCGUCGUGAUCUCCUCGCCGGCGGCGGCUCAGGAGGUGCUCCGGGACAACAACCUCAACUUCGCGUCGCGGCCGAGCCUCCUGGCCACGGAGAUCGUGGGCUAUGGAAACACCGACAUCGCCUUCGCGCCAUACGGCGCCUACUGGAGGACGCUGCGAAGGCUCUGCGUGGUGGAGCUCCUGAGCGCACGGAAGGUGAGGCAGUUCGCGCCCAUCAGGGACAGCGAGACCCUGUCCCUCGUCAGUAAGAUCCGCGCCGCCGCCGCCGGCGGAAGCGGCGAACCGGUCAAUCUCGGGAAGCUGCUCGUGUCGUGCACGAACACGAUCACCGCAAAGGCGACGUUCGGGCACGGAUGCGACGCCGAGCUCCAAGAGCGGUUCUUGUCCACGAUGCAGGUGGUGCUCGACACCAGCGGCGGGCUCUGCAUCGGGGACCUCUUCCCGUCCCUGCGGUUCGUGGACGUCGUCACUGGGCUGCAACGCCGGCUCUGGCGGGCGCGCGGGCAGCUCGACGACGUCUUUGACAGGAUCAUCGCUGGGUGCGAGGCGCGGCGAGAGGAAAAGAAGAAGACGACUACGGCCGGAGAUGACGACCUUCUCAGCGUCAUGCUUAGAAUCAAGGAGGAUGGCGAGCUUGAGUUCCCCAUCGGCACCACAAACAUCAAGGCAAUCAUAGUGGACUUGUUCACGGCAGGGACGGAAACAACGUCGUCAACGGUUGAGUGGAUCAUGUCGGAGCUCAUGAGAAACCCAGAGGUGAUGGCCAAGACGCAGGCAGAGGUGCGGCAAACAUUGGACAACAAGAGUCCAGAAGAUCACGAGGGCCAAAUGGACAAGCUGAAAUACACGAAGAUGGUGAUCAAGGAGGGCAUGCGGCUGCACCCGGUGGUGCCGCUUCUGCUCCCCCGUGUCUGUCAGGAGACGUGCAACAUCGGUGGAUUCGAGGUCUCGGAGGGCUCUAGGAUAAUGGUUAACGCAUGGGCGAUAGCAAGGAGCCCUGAGAAUUGGAAUGACGCGGAGGAGUUCAGGCCGGAGAGGUUCGAGGACACCACAGUGGACUACAACGGCACACAGUUCACGUACAUACCUUUCGGGAGCGGAAGGAGGAUGUGCCCCGGCGGUACCUUUGGGCUAGCUGUGUUGGAGCUUCUCCUUGCACGACUUCUGUACUACUUUGACUGGAGCCUCCCCGACGGAAUUAAGCCGGAUGAGCUUGAUAUGGACAUGAUCGUCGGCUUUACAACAAGGAGAAGGAACCAACUUCACCUAGUAGCGACGCCGUAUAAUGUUCCAACGGAAAAUUGAGGUUGAUCAAUGUGUAAUUGGUGCUUGUGAUGGUGAUUGUGCUCGUGUGUGAUUAAGGCCUUGUUAAUUGCAUAUAUGUCCUGAUUUAUGAGAUUAAUAUGGGUAAAUAAAUAAUCCGACAAAUAUCUUCAUCUA